AUGGCCAGGCUUUCCCUCUAUGAAACCUCACGUAUAAUCAGUCUAGAGUGUGUUGAUAGCGAUGUCGAUGAGGAAAUUGUUAAAGAUCACCUAAGCGAGUUUGGGAAGAUUCUAAAAGUCCAGUUCUGGAAGUCUGCAAAACACGACCAUGCAUUCGUGACAUUCGAGGAUCCAGAAGCUGCACAAUACGUGUUAAGCAUCAAGAACGAGUUGACUUCUCGGUUGCCGAUCAAGCCAGUAAACCGAACUGUGCUCAAACGUUACGAACUACCCCCUUCAUACACUAACUCAAGCUCUCUUUCACCUGCUUUAACCUUAAAGGCGACAGGAAUCGGGGUGCCCAACGGCAAAAUGAGAUCCACCACGCCCAACCCUUAUUCAGCAAAGGCUACAGUCUCUGAACCUGAGCCACGUAAUCCGUUUUUACCAUCAGAGAACCAACCAUCCUCAUAUGACCCCAAAAAUACCCCAUCCCUUGUGCAGCGAAUGCCACCCCAUACUCUACCAACACCCAGUGUCGUCAUGGGCACGAGCGCGCAUCCUCAGGACACAAUCUUGUCGUCAGUACCAAACUUUCAUCACCUCAAGGCAGAUGUAUCACGAUUGUACGGGGAGCUGAGGAACGCCUACGAAAGCAACAUCAACAUCCGUUCCUCUCUAGAGUCUGCGCUUGCGGACCUGACCCGAAUUAGACAAGAGAGGGACCGCUAUCGUCAAGAAUCCGAGACUGCUCAGCAGGAAACUCGGAGGCUCAAAGCUAUCCUCGAUCAACAGAAAAGCGGUCACGACAAGCAUAUAAAUAUGCAGGAGGAACUACAUCGCGCAGACAAAACCAUUCUUGAACUAAGGAACGACAUAAAGGGAAAGGAUACGAUUAUUGGUGAUCUAGAAAUACAACUCCUUGCCGCUCAUAACAAGUCAAAGCAUCUAAGAGAUGUUCUCGAGGACAAGAACAAACCCCCACAUUUAGGCACCCUAUCAUCUUCAGCCAACGAAGUUGGUCAGACAGAUGCAGGUGAUGUUAUGCAACAAAAUCCCCCAUUUCCACCCUUAGGUGUCGAUCAACGACAGGGUGAUCUUUCCGACUCGACUGUAGGACCCACAACCGAGCAAUUCCAGAGGGUUGGACCUGAACUCGUCAGAGCAUUUUAUAUUCUAGAUCAGAUAGCGUCGUCUGUUAUCAAGCAAGACCAACCAUAUGAAACCGAUGAUGGGCCAGGCCGCAAGAAGAGGAAGCUCAACGAGACCUAA